AAAUAUUUUAGUAUUGGAAAAAAGUAUAAAUAGAAAGACAUUUCAGAAAAUCUAAGAGACAAAGAAAAGCAAGUCGGGUUCAUGUCUAAUCACUUCUUCAUAUCGAAUAUGUUCUUGGUAAUAUACGCCUUCUAUCUCUGUUGUUUGUAUUAUCUAAUGAUAGUCUAUGUCUUAGGGCUGAAUGCUUUCAGUUUCUUUUUUGGCAUAGCUAUUGAUAAAUUAAAUGUUCAUUAUUAGAAUCAUUCUUAUCAUUUAUGCCUGAAACCAUUAGACUAAUAAGCACAUAAUGACAUGAACGUCCAUAAUUAAGUAUCAAGUAAUCAUAUACUAUUAUGCGAUUGUUUGGAGAGUAUAUAUAUUUGAUCAGUUCUCUUUUCUUGUCGAUCGAAUAAUCCGAACGUAGAGAGGCAGCAUCUUCCACAGCUUGUACUACUUAAACGAAAAUAUGGCUCUUUCGUGGUCUUGAUAGUAUAAUUCCAUUUACAAUGUAUUUAGAUUCUUUCUUCCAAUAAUUAAUUAAUUUGAACUUCUUGAGAAUCGAAAACGAGAUAAAAUAUUUUGUUGAUUGUGGUUCUUUCUUCAACCUUUUUCUCUCGUUAUGUCAUUUCAAUCAUGUAUAGUAUAAGGGGCUCCCGGUAUAAUUCCGGAAGCAAAAAUCCUCUAUAUAUACUCUAAUGACUUCCCUUGGACCAGAAUCAAACCAAACUCACCAUCACUUGCACCAAUACACUUACACGCACACAAACGUUUUCAGACAAAUAAUAUCAAUGGAGAAGAUAUCAAAAUUGCUAGAAGACAAGCCAGUGGUGAUAUUCAGCAUGACUUCAUGUUGUAUGAGCCAUACGAUCAAGUCGCUUAUAUCUGGCUACGGUGCGAAUCCAACGGUAUACGAACUAGAUGAGAUGUCUAAUGGAUCGGAGAUUGAACGAGCACUGGUCGAGCUUGGAUGCAACCCGACCGUGCCUGCUGUCUUCAUAGGGCAACAGCUCAUAGGUGGUGCAAAUCAGCUUAUGUCUCUUCAAGUAAGGAACCAACUAGGUUCGGUGCUCAGAAGAGCCGGAGCUAUAUGGAUUUAAGAGGCGCCUUAAUCGCAAUUAAGCGCGUAAUGUUUUUACUUAUAUAUUUCUAGUAUAGAAUAUGAUCAGUGUUUGAAACAUACUAUAUCUAGUGUUAAAAUAAAAAGAUUA